AUGCAUUUUUAUAAUACAGAAAAUAUGUAUCUACAUAUGAAUAAUCAAAUUAAUAAUUUAGAUAAUACAUAUAAUAAAUAUUUUAAUAUCAAUAAUACAUUUGAUAAUAGUGAAAUAACGAACUUAAAUAGAUAUCAUCUUAAAAGAAAAGGUUUUUUUGAGAAUAAUUUUUAUGCAAAUAAAAAUAAAAACGAUAUUUUAAUAAAAAUGGGUCAAAAAAGUGCAAAAAUACAAAAAAAUUCUAUAUAUGACUUAAAUAAUGAUAUAUAUAAUAAUAGAUACAAAAAUUUAAAUUAUAAUACAAAUGAAGUGAAAGGAUUUAAUUAUAAUUUGAAUAAUAUAAAAAUUUUAGAUGAAGAAGAAAAUUAUAAUGGAAAUAUAUAUAAAAAUAACACUAUUUAUGAUUUACAUAAUUAUGGAAAUAUUAAAUAUGGGGGUGUAAAUAAUGAAUAUAAAAAGUUGAAAGCAGAAAAUAUUAACAAUAAUAUAAACACUUAUAAUAAUAAUAAUACGAGAAAUUACAGUAUAAUGAAAGAAUUAAAUUAUAUUAGUAAAAAUAAUUUGAAUGAAUUGAACAAUAAUAACAAUUUUUCUUUGUAUCCAUAUAAGUCUAACAUGAGGUAUACUAACGAUAAUUUUGAUAUGGAAAAAAAGAAACUUGAUAACUUCAAUUAUUUAUAUAAAAAUAAUACUACUAUUAAUAAUAAUUAUGAUAUAAGUAACAAUAUUACAAACAAAAUAAAUACUAAUUUAAAUAGUAAUAUAAAUACAUUACAUAAUAAUUUCAGUCAAAAUAUAAAUAAAUUAAAUGGUAUAAAUAAUAACAACUAUUUAGCAAAUAAUUCUCAUAAUUUUAAUAAUAGUUUAACUAAUAAACAUAAUAAUAUUUUAAAUAAUACUAAAGAUAAAUACUAUGAUAUAGAUAACAUUAUAAAAAAAUAUAUAUCAAAAGAAAGCUCUGAUGAAAAUACCAAGUCAAAUUAUGCUUAUGCAAAUAAUGAAGCAUUGAAUGAUAUUUUAAGAAAUAGCGAUAAUAGUGCUAAUAAAAAUGCAUUAUUAUCUCAUAAUAUAUCAUUAUUAAAAAAUAAACAAAAAGACGAAGAAGAAAAAAAGAGAGAAAAAAAAAUAAAUUUAUUAAAAAACAUAAUAGUAACAAAUACAAAUAAAAAAUGUAAUAUUAGUUUUAAUGAUGAUUUUUAUGAUAGUAUGAUAAAUGAUAAUUACAAUUUAAAUAGCAGUUCAGUAGUAGAUUAUAAUGUAGGUAAUAUUUAUAAUGAUAUAAUUAAUAAAAAUUAUAAAAAUAAUAAAAAUCAAAUAAAUAACAUAUAUGAUGAAUCAAAUUUAAUUGAUAAACUAAAUGAAACACCAAGUCUUAUGAAUAAACAAAAAUUUAAAAAUGAAAUUAUUUUAAAUGAUAAUAACAAUAAUAGUAAUAAUAUUAAUAGUGCAGAUAACAUUUUUGAUAAUUUUAAUUAUGAUAAUACAUAUGAAAAAAUAAGAAAUAAUAAUAUGGAUUAUAUAAAAAAUAAAGAUAAUAAUUAUGAUUUUCAUAAAAAUAAUAUAAAUAUGUAUGAUAAUCUAAAAAGCAAAAUAAAUAAUACAUUAGGAAAUUAUCAAAAUAAUAUUAAAGAUUAUAAUACUCAUGAUUAUUAUCCCAUUAGUAAUAAAUUACCCAUUAAUAAAAAUCCAAAUAGACAAAACUUUGGUAGUAUAUUUGAAAAUAAAACUUUUAAUGAUAUAAAUGAUAAAAUUAAUAACAAUUGUAUUGAUAAUUUAAAUAAUAAUUUAUAUGAUAAAUAUAAUUAUGAUAUUAAUGAUAAAAUAAAUAAUGACUUGAAUAACAAUUAUAAUGAUAAAUUUAGUAAUAAUAUUUUUGGUAAUAAAUUAAACAAUAAUGUUAAUAACAAUUUCAAUAGCAAUUUAAACAAUGGCUAUAUAAAUAAUAUUAACAACAGAUAUAAUAAUAGUUUAAAUACCAAAUUAAGUAAUAUGAAUAUAUUUGAUAAUUUUAAUAAUGAUAAACUAAAUCUAUUAAAUGAAGAUAAAAAUAACAGUAAUUUAAAUGAAAAUAUUUUUAAAAAUUUUAACCAAGAUAACUUUACAAUAUAUAAUAGAAGAAAUUCUCUUUCAAAAAAUACAUACCUUCCAUAUGAUGAUUUCAGUAAUUUUAAAGAUGAUAAAACUUUUAAUUACAUGAAUAAAAAUGAUCCUAUUGAUAAUAUUGUAAAAAAUAAUAAUAUAAAUAUUUUUAGAGAAAGCAUAAAAAAUAAUGAAAAUUAUAUAGGCAAUAAUUAUUUGAACAAAAAUAAUGAUUUAAUUGAAAUAAAUAAGAUAUUUGAUAAAAAUAAUAGUGACAUUAAAAGAAAUAAUGUAAACACUUAUGAAAACAUUUUUAAUAUCAAUAAUAAAAAUAAGAGGUUUAAUUAUGAUGAUAAAAUAUUUAUGAAUAAACAAGAAGAACAUAAUACAUAUGAUAAGGAAUUUUUGAAUUUAAAUAAAAUGAAUAAUUUAAAUUAUGAUGAUUCUGUUUAUAAAAAACCUUUAAGUUAUAUAGAAAAAAAUAGUAUAGAUAAGAACAUUUUUUUAAAUAAUAAACGUGCAUUUCCUUACGAUGAUGAUAAUUCUAAAAAUAAGAAUACUAAUUUAAAUAAUUUAAUAAGUAAUACAGAUAAAAACUUAAUUUAUGAAAAUUUCAAUAACGUAUUUUAUAGUAAGAAUAAUUCUGAGCUUAAUUUAAAUGAUGCAAAAAUGAAUGCAAUUUGUUUUAACAAAAAAGAUAAAGAUAUUGUUGAUUUAAAACAUAAUUUCAAUUUCCUAAAUGAUAAAAAUAAUAAUUUCGGUUCUCAUAAUAUUAUUAACAAAAAUACUAAUGAUACUAAUAUUUAUAAUUUAAAAAAUAAUGAACAAAAAGAUAACAGAAUAAUAAAUACGUUAAAUAACUUGAAUGAAAAAAUAAAUAGAAAUAUACCUAGUAAUUUGAACACUUAUAUGAUAAGUAAAAAAGGUAAUGAAGAAAUGUUAAAUAAGGAUGACAGUUUUUUUCACAAAUAUAACAGACUAUUGAAUAAGGGAGAAAAUGAUGAUCCUUUAAAUAAAAACAGAACAUCAUUGAAUUAUGAUAUAAACAAAAAUGAUAUAUUUGAAAAUAAAAAUAUAUUUAAUAAUAAUUUAAAUAUUUUUAAUAAUUUUAACAGAAUUGAAAAUGAGAAUUCUAAUAAUAAUUUAAUAAAAUAUGAUAAUGAUAUUAAAGAAAAUGUUGUAGGAAAUAUCGAAAAAGAUAUUAAUAUUAGUAAUGUUAAAAAUCUAUUUAUUAAUUCAAAUGAACAGCAAAAUAAAUAUUCUAAUUUAAUAAGUAGUAUAAACAAAACAAAUAUAAAAGAACAUACUAACAAUUUAAAUUAUAACAAUAAAUAUCUAUCUAAUCAAAAUAAUGCAUUCAAUUCAAAUAUUAAUAAACAAGUAGUUAAUAAAGCGUUACCACCACUACCUUUUAAAAGUACUUAUAAGCCUAACUUAAAUAUGAGUCAAACAAAACUAAAGUUUUAUGAAAAUAAUAAACGAUCAAAUAAAAUAGAUAAUAUUGAUAUAAAUUUUAAUAAAAUAAAUGAUAUGGAAAACAAUAAUACUUACAUGAAUCAUUUUAACAUAAGUAGUAAUUAUAAUAUAAAUAAUGAUGAUACUAAUAUUUACAGUACUAAUAUUAAUGAUUUUAAUAAUUUUAAUAAUAUAAAAAAUAAAAAUAAUAUAAACAAUAUAAAUAAAAUAAAUGAUUUUAAUUUUAAUGAUAAAAUGAGAAAUAAAAGUAUAAAUUAUAAUUCAUUUAAAGAAAAUUUAACAACAUUAAAAGAAAAAAAUAUUUCAAAUAAAUUCUGGAAUGAAUCUCCAGGUAUAUUUAAAGAUAACAAUGACUUAUUAUUAAGAGAUGAUAUUAAGAACGCAAAUGAAAUAAAAGAAUAUAGCUUAAAAAAUUUAAAUAAAUUCAAUAAUAAUUAUUCUGAUCAGUAUAAUGUAAAUGAAAAUAAUCAGAAUAAUAAAUUCUUUUAUGAUAAUACAAAGAAUAAAUAUAGCAAUAUUAAUAAUAAUAAUAUAUUUAAUAAUGCAUUUUUAAAUAACAAUAACAUUUUAAAUACCCAUUUGAAUAAUAAUGUAAAACUUGAAAGAGAAGAAGAAAAUAUAACAAACAAAAAACAGAAUAGCUUAAAUUUUGGUAUUCUAAAGAGUAAUUAUAUUAAUAGUAAUAAUGAUAAAGUUAUAUCUCUUAGUAAUAAUAUUUCUAUGUUAUUAGAAAAAAUAAGUGAUGAUUCUGAUAAAAAAAAUAAUAUAGACUAUUUACAGAAUAAUUAUUAUGAUUUAAAUAAUAUGAAUAAUGACAAUGUUUUAUGUGUUAACACGAUAAAUUAUAACGAUAAUUUAAAUAUAGAUACAAGUAAUUUUGUUUUAUCAGAUAAUUAUUUAUGUCACUUUGGUUUAUCAACUUUAUAUAGAUGUAAAUUAAAAAAUGAAAAUUUUUCUUUUUUAAUUAAUGUUAUUGAUUCUUUUUAUUUAAAUAGUACAAAUGGCAAUGAUACUGUUGCUAAUAAUAUUCUAUUUCAUAAAAGAUUAAGACAUUUAAAUAUUUUAUCAUAUAAAGGAAAGACAGCUGAUAAAAAUAAAUUAUAUUUAUUAUUUGAAAAUAUUCAUGGAAACAUUUUAAAAUCAUAUUCGACUCCUUUUGAAGAGAGUAUUAUUGCAUCUUAUGCUUAUCAAAUAAUUGACCUACUUGAAUAUAUGCAUAAUAAUUUUAUAAUUUUUCAUGGUUUACUUUCACAUAUAAUAAUUGUACAAAAAAAUACGAGAGAAGAAUUAAUACAGAUUUUAAGUGAAAAAAAUAAAAAUAUAAGUAAAUAUUUUGAUAUUUAUAAGCAUGGAAUUAUUAAAGUAUUUAAUUUUGAUUUCGCUAAUAUAGAUGCAAAUGAAAAAGAUUAUGAAUUUGACUUUUUUUGUGUAGCAGUUUUAAUAUAUGAAAUGUGUACCAAAUAUAAUACCUACUAUUCAAAUAAAACUGAGGAUAUUGUAGAAAAGAUCCAUAAUACUAAUUUUUUAUUUCCUCAUUUUGUCUCUUUUGAAUUAAAAAAUUUUUGUUUUGAAUUAUGUUCUAAAAGAAAACAUUGUUUUAAUGAUCUUAAAAAUCAUCCAUGGUUCAAAAAAAAUUUCAAUUUUUAA